CCGAACGUUGAGCACGUGCAUAGCGCUUGAAAAACGGUACGACGAGAUUGUGACGACGGAACACGAGACUGCGAGCUAAGGCAAAAAACCCCCACACACAAAUGUGGAGCAAAAAACCAAGCAAUAAGCACAACAACAACAAAUGUAAGGAGAUAUACAAACAAACAACACAAGCAUAGAGUUGAAGAAAAAAUUAAAAAAAAAGAAACAAAAUGUGUUAAUUUCUAUCAAUAAACCAAUAAUUCAAUAAUAUUUCAAUAACUGGUGAAUAUAUUUUGGAGUAGUAGCAGAGUGUUUCGUUGUUGUUGUUUUUCGGUUACAUACUCUGCUAAGCAUAUCUACCAAUAAAUUGUAUUGAAGUGGCAGUGAAAAGAAACGGUGUUGAAAAGAGAAAAUAACAAAAAAAAUUAAGCACAUAAGGAGAAAACAGAAGUUUUUGUUUUUUGUAUAUUGAUUAUGAAAGAAAUGCAAAAUAUUGUUUAAAAAUUUACAAAUAUUAGAGUGUUGUGCAUAUGGAGCGAAGUUGUAUAAAACAGAAAGCGAGAAAUUUAUUAAGUCUGAAUUACUACAUUAAGAAUUCAAGAGAAACAAAAAAAAAGUUUAUCGUGAAGACAAACACGAAACAAAUGAAAUGAAAUGCAAAAUAAGAUUUUAAUAAGCUGUUUUUUAAAUAAAAAAAAGAUAAAAAAUCAAAACACUGAUAGAAAAAAUUCCAAAAGUGGCUAAAUAAGUGUUAAGAAUAAACCUUUAAAUAACUAUAAAAGAAAGCAAAAAUCAUAAUGCAGUAUGAAAUAAUAAAAGAUUAAUUGCAUAAUUUUCUUUGCAAAAUAAAAAUUAUUGAAGAAAAAAUUUUCUCAAUUGCUAAAGUAGAUGCAUGCAACAAUACAAUACUGACAGCAUACAUAAAGAGUGCUCUUACGAUCGUGCUAAACUAUACUACAUUGGGAAAUAACAGUUCUUCUCACUUAUGAAAGGGUUCUUUUCACUUAUGAAAAAAUUCUACGCAUGUAUAUUUGAAACAUAUGUUGCUGAAUUAUAAUGAAAAUGUGGAAAAGUGAAAUUAUUGAAAUGUUAAAUUAUUGAAAACAAAAAUAAUUGGCCAUUGAAAGAACUAUACAAAAGCUAUAGAAAUGUAAUAAAAUCAAAAUCAACAAAGUUAAUUAAAUUUAAAAGUGCAAAUUUCUACACUGUUGACAUAUAUCACAAACAAAAACACAACAAAAUAAUAGAAAAAAAUUAAAAUUGUUCAUUGUUGAGAAAAAAAAGUGAAAAAAUACUUAAAACCCACAACAAAGGAAUAAAGAAAACAAAUUACAUAAAAUGAAAUAUGUAUAGAAUAUAAAACAAUUAUCUACAAUACAACAAAAGCCGGCAGCUUAAAACUAAACAGCAAUAAAAACAAAAUUUAUUCAAAAUAGAGAAUCAUUUGAUGUAUUAGCUGGAGCCUUAAUAAAAACAAAUUCAAUGGAAAUCCUCUUUACAAAAGCCCAACAAAAAAACAUCGCGUGUGUGUGCUAAAAGCAAAAAAUAUUAACGUAAAAUGUUUAAUUAAGGCAAAAAAAAACUCAAAAAAAACUCACAUCAAACAAAAAACCUAACAAACUUUUUAACAUUUAGACCCUGCGUACAAACGAAAGUUAAACUUCUGUCCAAAUUCUGUUUGGUUGCAUGUGUGUGUUUUGAGAAACUUGGUAAAUAAUUAAUGAGUUUAAUUAAUUUAUUAAUGAAACUCAUUCAGACAUUAAUUUAAGUGUGUCUCUCUCACUCUUGCUCUGUGUCUUUAACUAAAUAAACGACACAGCUGAUGUGUGUAUGGUUAAGAUUAGGUUUUGUGGUCUUACCUACUAUGCUGAUGGCCGGGCCUGUUUAAAUGCUAAAGUUUCAACCACUUGUUAUUGGACAUGUAUUAGAAAACAACAGCUAGCAAGUGUAUUUGAAAUAAAGUUAAUAAUUAUAAAUAAAUAAACAAAUUAACAACCAUUUAUAUAUAGUUGGUUAAAACAACACAAAGUAAUUCGCUGGCAUUACAAAUAAUUGAAAUACGCAUGACAUAUUUUUCUAAUGAAUUAAUUGAAUGAAAACCCAACUGCAAAUUGUGUUUAUUCUUCAAAGCAAUCAAAUUGAAAUUACAUGAAAUAAAAAAACAAACAAGAAAAAAUUGUGUUCAAGUAACCUGAAAGACCGGAUGGCUGUUACAAGUAUUGCGAAAAUAUAAGAUUAUGAUUUGGGCUAACAAUUAUUUGAACUGGCAACAAAUUUAAACUUUCCAAGAGUUUCAACGCUUUGCUGGUCGAUUAUAUUGGUCUCGAUGUUGGCUUAUCAUUGCUACUAUUGCCAUUUAAAGAUCUAGUUACCUUAAAACACCAUCAGCUAAAGGAGGCAAUCCAUACACUGUCUUAUGUUGUUGAAGUUCGCAACGAACUUUUUCAAUACCCAUUUCAAGUAUGCGCCUAUUUAAAACGCGCAAAUCCAUAGAUACUUUUAGUUCUGCCACAGCAUCACAACAAAACUCCACUGCCACUGAGACCUAUACGCAUCAUUCACCCGUCGCAACAUGUGCUUCAAAGUUUACGAAAACCAUAAGUGGCUCCUCAACGAUAUCCUCGUCUUUGCCGGAUCUGCACGAUAAUUCGCCCGUUAUGAUUUUAAGCUGCACCAAUCUCAGUACAAGCGGUUUGCCGCCCAACAAUGCCACAUCACCCCCAACCUCGUCGUCUACAGCGCCGCCCACACCUAAGAGCAAAGAAACAUUUCACCAUCUAACAACGCAACAAUGUCCCACCUCAAGUGCUACGGGAAAUGCCUAUCAGCAUAUGGCCAAUGUUGUCAACCAAAGUGGCAGACAAACACCUUCGGCACUGUCGGUGGUCUCACUGAACGAUGCAGUGCUGCAGCAACAACGUCCUGCUAGUGUCCAUCUAUUUGGUCAUAAAGCCAAUUCCUUAUUGAUCAAUUAUGGUGGCAGUAGUUCCAAUAUUGAUCAUACAACCGUUCAUAGUAAUGGUGGAGUUGGCAACACGGCUGGUCAAUAUCAAAAGUAUGCUCAAGGACCAAAUAGUAUGAGAGGGCUUUUGGGUCAUCUGCAAAAGAAUUCCUCUUCAUCGAGUAGUUGUAUAUAUGAAAAGGCCAAUAACGCCAUCAAUCACAAUCGGCAAAAUUGUGCUUCUCCCAGUGUUUCAAUUACAUCAAAUGGCUUGAAUACCAAGGAAUCCUCCUUUAUGGGGGCCAAUGUUCAAUUACCCGAUUAUAAAUUGGUUACGGCAGUGCCGGUGGUUGUAUUGGACGAUGAGCAGAAAUCUACAGUAACUACUCAAUCGUCUUCAGGAUCCAAUACCAACAAUUCCUCCACUGUGGUGGGUAGUGGUGCAAGCUUGAGUCAAACGGCCACUUCAAGUGCUAGAAAUGUUUUCACUUGGGGUAAACGCAUGAGUAGAAAAUUGGACAUACUCAAGCGUGGUGAUACUUCCACUCACAAAUCUCAUACGGAUUUACGCAGCCUUUUCCAUUCGCCCACACAUAACCAGCAUGCCAAUGAUAAUAAUAGUAACUCCACCACUGAAACUGCAACGGCGGCUGCAAGCAAAGAAAAUUACCAAUCAAAUACUUUGAAAAAAUGCAAAUCCGGACCCAUUGAAACAAUGAAGCAACGUGAACAGCAGAAAAACCAAAGCUCUAAACAACAACAACAAUCUCAACAAGGCAAAUCCUACGAAAUUGAAUCCUCCCAAUCAGCCUCGAAUACACCAACCCAUUCAGCGCAGGUUCGCCCUCAAAAGGCUAUAAAAAAUUUCUUUCAUCGCAUUGGUUCCACAGGCAUGUUAAAUCACAAAUCACAUAACCUUGUGAAGGCAGCUGAACCGAAUCACCAUAGUUCAUCCACUUCCUUGUACCGCAGUAGUUCCACAAGCCAAUUGAAUUCAUGUUCGUACGUAAAGUGCGAUGAUCCCAGUGAUGGCUUAAAUUUGGCCAAUGGCCAGAAACGCCAGUCUAUAAGUGGUAUAUCAAAUAGCGGCUCGAAUCAUCACUCCAGCAGUGGCAGCAUAGCAGGUUCUAGCAUUAAGUCAAGUAGUUGUGAUGAUAUUGCUAAGGUGGGACAAGCGGGAACAUCGCCCCAAGGAUCUCACGAAUCGAGUUCGGCCACUUCACCCCAAAGUGCAAACGAUGCCAAUCAAAGACGUGGAGCUUUCCCAUAUGCUUUUCUGCGAUCACGUCUCUCGGUAUUGCCGGAAGAGAAUAAUGGUUCGGUUCUAAAACAACCCUCGCUUUCAAGCCUUCACACUUUGGGAGAACUCUCCAUGCAAGGCCAACAACAACAUCAGCAAUAUCUGCAGGUCCACAACUCGCCUCUGCCCAAACAUCGCAAUUCCACUAUACUACCCGCCACAGAAACUGACUUUGCUCACAUGGUUGAUACAAUAUCAGUUGCUAGCUCUACACCAAAUCAUAGUGUUAAAAUGAUUUAUCGGAAUGACUCGCUGAACAAGCGUUAUUCCUCGGAUGAUAGUGCAAUCAGCAACUGUUCACCCCUACUACAUACCAGUUCUCAGCCCUGCACCGGCAGUGGGGGCAGUGGUGAUGUUUCACGCAACAACAGCAUUACAUCCAAGGACUGGGAACCACUUUACCAAAGAUUAAGUAGUUGUCUAAGUUCAAAUGAAUCGGGCUAUGACAGUGAUGGCGGUAAUAACACCACACGCCUCAGCAAUAGCCUUGGAAUCUCCGGCGGAGAUACAGAAUCUAUUGCUUCGGGUACGCUUAAGCGAAAUUCACUGAUAUCUCUGGCCUCUUCAGAAGGUUUGGGUGGCGGUGGCAGCAAUACAUUGCGUUCCAGCAGUAUCUGCAGUACCAUCAGUGGUCCGGUCUCUUUGGGUGGUUACAAUUAUGACUAUGAAACGGAGACAAUUCGUCGCAGAUUUAGACAGGUGAAGUUGGAGAGAAAAUGCCAAGAGGAUUUCAUUGGUCUAGUGCUGUCACCGAAAACGGUGCAAACCUCUAACAAUGAACAACAAUACCGAUAUCUGAUUGUGGAAAUUGAUGCGUAUGGAAUGGCUCAAAAGGAUGGCCGUCUACGCCUUGGAGAUGAAAUCGUCAAUGUUAAUGGCAAUCAUUUAAGAGGUAUACAAUCCUUUCAGGAAGUUCAACGCCUGCUAAGCUGUUUCGUUGAUAAUUGCAUCGAUUUGGUUAUUGCUCACGAUGAGGUGACGACCAUAACGGAUUUCUAUACCAAAAUAAAAAUCGAUGGCUCUAUCAAUCCAUACCAACAGAAUGCCGAAGAGAAUAAUGGAAUAUCUGCUAAAGAGCAGCAGCAAACGAAUGAUUUGUAUAGUUCCAUGCAAUCUCUGUCUGCAGAUACACCACAACCACCCCAAACGCGUAAUGAUUAUUUGGCCAGAGCUCGAAAACGGCUUAGCUACACCCAAAGGACACAGAGUACUGACAGCAUUAACAGUUAUGAUCUGCACAGUCUCCAGCUGGCCUUGGAGCAUGACAGAGAUGAGGAUAACGAAUCAUUGGCCAGUACUUCUACCAUUAACUCCCGCAUUGAUAAUACGUCGGGUGUGGCUAGCAUGCCUCCGUCGAUGCCAAUUAUGCAACAUCGUCGUUGCUCCACACCCCGUCAUUCCAUGGAUGCUGCUGCCAUGGAGCACAUGAGACGACGUGCUCGCUCGUCUUCAGGUCAGCGAAAUUUGGAACUAACUCCCAUGCUUUAUAAUCAACCCCCGGAAUACACGCCAGUCUAUAACAACCGUUCGGCGAGUGUGUCAUUGACCACGCACACGAUAAGCGAUGAUGAGAAGUGGCAACUAUUGAAUCGGAAGCGUUGCUCUGAGGGAGCAGCGCUUCUCACUCCACUCGCUGCGGCCAAAGGAGGCCAUGCAGCAGGUAAUCGUAGCUCGUCUCUUAGUAUAGAAACCCGCAAAGCUAGUCUCGUAAGUCAAAAUAGUGUCGAGGGUGCUCAGUCCACAGCAGCGGGAGGAUUUCCCACGCGCUCGCACUAUACCCGCAAUUCAAUCAAUCUCUCAAAUUCGCAUUAUCGUUCGUUGCGUUUUGCACACUCCCGUCUGAGUUCGUCGCGGCUAAGUUUAUUUUUACAACCAAAUAACUCAACCACAAGCACAGUGACAACAUCGCCACCACAACCACCACCAACAUCAUCGGCAACGACAAAUGCCAAUAAUCAAUAUACUACAGCAACAACAACAGCGGGAUCAAGUACAACAACAACACUAGCAAAUAAUAUUCAUUCAAAUACUAACCAUAGCACAUUAACCAACAAUCCAAAAAUCACAAAACCAACAACAAUUACAUUGAAUAACCAAGAAAUCGAUGGUAACUCGCAGCAAUCUGUAGCAAACGAUUGCCAACAGUUGCAUAAUGAUCUCAGUAAUACAGCAAACACCCUGCAACAAGAUGCAUCACAACAACAGCAACAGGCUUCUUGCACUGCUUCUGCUUCCCUAACACUAAACCAAUUAACCAAACAUCAGCACCUUCAUCAUCACCAUCAUCAUCAUCAUCUUAAUGUAUCCUCUUUAGUCGGAAAUAGAUCAUAUUUAACACCAUCAAUGGCCACCCCCUCAGCUGCCAUGUUGCAACACCAUCGACCCUCAUUGCCCGUAGUGAAACUAACCAUUAAGGAUGAGGAAAUGGCUGAGGUUAUAAGAGCUUCCAUGAGUGAGGGUAAUCGUCGUGGAACUCCCAAAAUAGUGACUUUCUACAAGGGUCCUGGCCUCAAAUCGUUGGGUUUCAGCAUUGUUGGCGGUCGAGAUUCACCCAAAGGCAAUAUGGGAAUAUUUGUUAAAACGGUAUUUCCAAGUGGACAAGCGGCUGAUGAUGGAUCAUUGCAAGCUGGUGAUGAAAUUACUGAAAUCAAUGGUACUUCUGUACAGGGAAUGAGUCAUGCCGAAACCAUUGCAUUGUUCAAAAAUGUGCGCGAAGGGCCUAUUGUUCUUAAAGUUUUGCGCAGAAAACUACAAAAGGCCAAAUCCAUGGGAGCUUGAAACUGAAUUAACAAAAUAAAUGUGUAUAGAUCUAACUUAAAUUUUUCUCUAUUUACAUUGUUCUUUGUUAAAUUGAAAUAUUGUUAAAAUAUUUGCGAAUUCUUCAUAAUGUUAAGCAUGUUUUGUAGUAAUACAAACCCUUAUACUAAUAACAACUUAUUUAUACAGAAACCAAGAGAUCAUCUUUUUAAUCGUAAG